CACACGGCGCCAUGUCGUUGACGGAAGUCCAGAAUGAGUAGAUGUGAAGUGACGAAGAGGAGGAAAGUGACCGGGUUGUUUGGUUAACGGGAGCCGCCGCUCACCGUUUCUGCUCGCUCUUGCAGCUGCACACAGAAUGCGAGACCAUGAAGAGACCAAAGCUGGCCGGAGCUUUCCUCUUCGUGUGCUUCCUGUUUGCCUACCUGAUGUUCGUUAAGCAUCACUACUCGACCUCCAAACCAGAAGCCUACAGACUACCUCCUCACCGCCGGCCCGACUCAGACCUCAGCGCAGAUGACGGGCCCACCACUGAUGCUGGAUGGCGCUUCCAGUACGGCAUCAUGUUUGAUGCUGGGAGCACUGGGACCAGAAUCCAUGUCUUUAAGUUCCAGAUAGAGGACAAAGGAGCUCCAAAGCUGGCCCAAGAGACGUUCAGAGCCAUCAAACCAGGACUGUCAGCGUACGCCGACGACCCACAGCAGUGCACCGCAGGGAUCGUGGAGCUUUUGGAGGUCGCCAAGUCCAGUGUCCCCCCUUCGUACUGGACCUCCACCCCCGUGGUCCUGAAGGCGACGGCUGGGCUGCGUCUACUUCCUGGAGAGAAAGCCGACCAGCUGCUGGACAGAGUGAGGGCGCUGUUCUUGGACUCUCCCUUCCUGUCCACAGAUGACAGCGUGUCCAUCAUGGACGGCACUGAUGAAGGUAUUUCUGCUUGGAUCACCGUCAACUUCCUCACAGGUGGUCUUCACAGUGCUCACUCGCCCACGGUGGGGAUGCUGGAUUUGGGAGGCGGGUCGACUCAGAUCACCUUCAGCCCUCAGGACGAGAAAACCAUCCAGACCUCACCUGUCGACUACAUCCAGUCCUUCCAGAUGUUCAACCACCCACAUGUGGUCUACACUCACAGCUAUCUGGGUCUGGGUCUGAUGUCCGCUCGCCUCGCUAUCUUGGGAGGCGUUGAUGCUCCGCCCCUAGGGGGCAGCACUGAGCUGGUCAGCCCCUGCCUUGCUCCAGAGUACUCGGGCAGCUGGGAGCACGCUGACAUGGUCUACAUUGUGAAAGGGCAGAGCACAGGGGAGCCAGUUUACGAGGCGUGCCUGAGCAGAGUGGAGAAGGUUUUGUACCAAAAGGUGGCAAAGGCGUUCGGCGUGACUGACAUGGACUUCUACGCUUUCUCCUUCUACUACGACCGCGCCGUCGACAUCGGUGCCAUCGACGAGAAGAAGGGAGGAAGCAUCAGAGUGUCCGACUACACCGACGCAGCGAAGAGAGUGUGCAGCGACGUGUCCGUCGGUCCUCAGCGGAGCCCCUUCCUCUGUCUGGACCUGGUCUACAUCUCAGCCCUGCUGCAGGAGCUCGGCUUCCCUCCACACAAGCAGUUCAGGCUUGCAAGGACCAUCAACCAGGUGGAGACCAGCUGGGCUCUGGGCGCCACUUUCCACUACAUCGAGUCUCUGAAGGCACACUGAAGCUCUGAGCUUUUAUUUUGAAAAGCUCGGGGUCCUGUUGACUCUGAACACAGCUGACUGAUGAUGUUUGUGCCAAAGCAGAAAUCUGAGCGGUGGUAUAAAACUGUGACGUGUGUGAAAGCGGCUCAUUCAGACCGGGCGGUCAGGAGGCCAGGGCUGAACUCGCUACGGUCCCAGCGUGGUUCAUUAAUCGAUUAUUUCACUUUUUUAUGACAAAAAUCCGUAAAGGACGCGGUGCGGUGGAGCCACAGGUUUCUGGGCCACUGAAGGGAAAAAAUAAAACCCUGUUUAUGUGUUUGUUUGUUCUGUGGCUCUUUUCCAUUAGAUAAACCUUUAUUAGUCCCACACGUGGGAAAUUUGUUUGGUCACGGCACAAAGUUAACCAUUUAACACGUUAGUGCUCUUUUCUUUUAGGUUUCUGGGAUGUUGUUGGUAGUGUUGUGGGUUUUUCCGUAGAUGUGUCGGUUACUUGCGAGUUCUGCGUCGGUGUUUUGGGAAUUUGGGUCGUUGUUUCUGAGCGUCGCCUGAAUGAGCCGUCAGCGCAUCUUCUUAGACUCGCCUGAUCAAACUAAGCUGGGCUCGGUGUGAGCAGCUCAUUUCAGUUCGACAGCGAGUGAUUGUUUUAUUCUGAAGGACUUCCUGUUUGUAUCCCUGUAGUUUCAUGACGAGCAGAUGUUUAAACAGUUCCUGUAGAAACCCGUCUGUUUGGCUCUCAGGUGCUGAGACCGUAAGAGUCAGUCACCUGACUUUGGCAUCGCCGCCUCUAUGUCAGCUGUUCCUGAGUAGAAGCUUCAGCGUGUGAAACUUUCACAUAAGAUCAGGAUGAGACAAAGAAGGAUUAUUAUGAACUGUGAAUCAUGGCGAGCUGCUCUGUGUGAGCCUCAAAUAGCUGAGCGUCCUUCUGUUACGUGGAGAAGCUCCUCCUCUCUGUAACGUAUGUUUGUAACCACAUUGGUCUCAGUUUCACUGAUGAUCAGCUUCAAACCACCGAAGCAGCAGCUGGGCUCUCAGCAGGCCACAGCUACACCGGCUUAUUUCUCACAGAGCAGCUCUGCAUCAGUCCCAAUGUUAAAGUGAAGAAUGUGAAAUGUUUUCCUCCAGCUGAUCAUGUGGUUCAUAUGAACGAUGAUGUUUGCAGGUUUUUAAGGAUGUAUUUUUAUAUUCUGAAAUCAUAAACUCUGUAUUGUUAUGAUCAAUAAUUCAUCGGAAUAAAAACUGGAAACAUU